AUGUCGAAUCGUGUCGCGGGCAAUGGGUCGGCCUCAGAGACGCUUGCAGUGACAAAUGGGAUAGAGCAGGGCUGUGUACUGGCGCCCAUCUUCUCUAACCUCGUGUUCUCUGGUCUAAUGAUGGGCGUUUACCGUGAUGAGGUGCCAGAAAUUAUCAUCGACUACCGGACAACUGCUCAACGUCCGCCGCAUGCAGAUACGCGAGUUUUUGGCUGUGCGCUCGACACAACGACGAAAUCGGACAUGCAAGUGUGCAUGGACCUUUUCGCUGCCGACCGCACCAACUUCAGACCGACUACUAACACAAAGAGGACGGUAGUCAUGCACCAACCGGCGUCAGACGCAGAUCUCGGAGAACCCAUUAUCAAAGCCGAUGUAACUCAACUGUCAACAAUGGACAGAUUCAUGUAUCUUGGGAGCACAAUGCCAAGAAAUGUUAAAAUUGACGACGAAAUUGUCCACCAGAUCUCCAAAGCCAGACGACCCUUCGGCUGGCUGCUGGGCUGA